AUGGUUCACCAACACGGAGACCACCACGAGAUCCCUCACGAGCACCAUGUGGAUCGUGCAGGUGCAUGGUUGCCAGCUGAUCACCGUAUCAACGAGGAGUGGUUGGGCAACCAGAUCGAACAUGCGAAGAACAACAAGAAGGAGCUCAUUCCAGUCUUGCAGGAGUUCAAGGAGUUUAUCGAAGGCAACAGCAGAAUUUACAUGUACUUCGUGAACAUGUUCCAGGAAGUGCCGAUGAAGCACCCUUACACUAAAGACCCCACCGGCCGCAAGCAGGUCCGCGACUACCACCAUCUCCUCGAGAUCCUCAACCAUACUUUCACCACCGCACCAGGAUGGAUCGAUGCCGCAGCAAACGUUGGCAUGGUCGGAGUUCCGAUGUGUGCCAUUCUCGACUAUCCAAUGGGUACCCCAUCCGGCUACGCCGCUUUCCUCGACCCAGAUGUCAACAAGAUGCUGAAGAAGGUCCUGAACGAGUGGGGCAAGUUCCUCUGCAGUCCAAAGAGCGCGGAGGUUCUCGGCACACAUAAGCAAGGCUGGUUUGGAGAGACUGGCCAGAAGGAUAUUAUGGAGGUUGCAAAUGCUCCGUACAAGACUUCGCACAAGUUCGAAGACUUCUUCGUCUGUGAUCCGAAGGCGAAGCACUAUGGCUACAAGAGCUGGGACCACUUCUUCACCAGACAAUUCAGAGAUGAAGUCAGACCAGUCGCGAGCCCGGAAGAUGACAAUGUCAUUGCCUGUGCCUGCGAGAGCAAGGUCUUCAAUGUUGUCAAGGGCGCACACUUGCGCGACAAGUUCUGGAUCAAGGGUCAGCCAUACUCCGUCCGCGAUAUGCUUGCGUUCGAUCCAUUGGCUGAGCAGUUCGCUGGAGCCACGGUAUACCAGGCUUUCCUAUCAGCCCUGUCGUACCAUAGAUGGCACGCUCCGGUGUCCGGUACAGUGAAGAAGGCUUUCGUGCAGGACGGUACCUACUUUGCGGAGCCCUUGUUCGAAGGUCUAGGUGAUCCAGGUCGCGCAAAGACCCAGGAGAUCGAUGCUGGGGGUAUCUCCGUUGGCCAAGGAUACCUCACGGCUCUGGCGACACGAGCGGUCAUCUUUAUUGAGGCUGACAACCCGGCUAUUGGCCUCAUGGCUUUCAUCGGUGUAGGCAUGGAUGAGGUAUCAACAUGCGAGAUUACCGUGAAGGAAGGCCAGCAUAUCAAGAAGGGAGAGCAGACCGGUAUGUUCCACUUCGGUGGUUCGUCUCAUGUCCUGCUGUUCAGGAAGGGAGUCCAGGUCGAUGGUUUCCCACAGCCAGGGAGAAGGGAGAACGUGCCAGUCCGUAGUGAGGUGGCUCGCGUCCAGGCAUAA